UUCCGAAUUCGUCACCAUCUGUGACCGCUAGUGACAGCCUGUAUCCGAUUAUGGAAUGACAGUGUCGACGGCAUAAUUGCAUAAUCACCUGAGUUGUCUUAACGACGGCAGCAAGGAGAAAGUUCUGUCGCAACAUUCUAUCAAUUGCUUUACGUCAGCGUUGCUCUUCUGCUACCAGAUGUCAUGAUGAAGAGGUCAUUAAUUCUCUGAGGCAUCAUCUCUGAGGAUUUAUCAAAGAUGUCAGAACCUAUAGAGAAUCAGGUGGAACAGUGCGACAUAGUCUUGCCGAGACAAGGUCUGUUAUAUCAGACAGAUGCAUUGAAUUACAUACUCUGUAAGCCGAAGUUGAUCCCGUUGAAAUCAGUCACGUUGGAGAAACUCGAGAAGAUGCAGAAAGACGCGGAGAUCAAAGUUAAAGAGUCGCAAGAGGCAGAGGAUAGUCUCAAUGCAAGUGCAUAAGCAUUCAGCAG